AUGUCAUACAACCCAGAAGCCGACGAGCGCGCUCCCCUCCUCCCAGACCCUCCCGUUCCUCCACAAAGGGAGGCCGCGGAGCAUGCAGUGCCCGCCAGAAUCGCCCGGCGACUCUACAUAUCGCACUUCCUGUCGACUUGGAGCUCCCGUGUGUUUGAAUUCGGCGCUAUCCUGUACCUGGCGACCAUCUACCCUGGGACUUUGCAGCCUAUGUCCGUGUAUGCAUUGACCCGGGGUCUUGCUGCAAUCAUCUUCGCCGCCGUCGUCGGACAGUAUAUCGACACUGGCAACCGCUUGCAGGUCGUAGUCGUCGCCAAGAAGGACGAAGCAGCGCUGAGAGUUAUAAAUGGACAGAUGCGGCGUAUUGACCUACUCUGCAAGCUCUUGGGCCCCUUAUUCAUCGCUCUGGUAGACGGCAUCUCCACUGACACCGCUAUCAUUGUCAACUUUGCGAUGAAUUUAUUGUACAUCCCUGUUGAGUAUUUCGCCAUAGCUCGCAUUUACCACGUUGUUCCGGAACUGCAGCAAUCGAAAAAGAAAGCACCGCCAGUGACUUCAAACGCUGAAUCGUCGCAAGAACCUCAGAGGCGCCAAAAUUCCGAGAGCCGGUUGAUGCACAACUGGAGACAUGUGCUAGCCGUCGCAAAGAAGUCCGCCGCCGACUUCAAUCUUUACUUCCAACAUCGCGCAUUCCUCCCCUCUACCGCUGGCGCCCUUCUCUACCUUACCGUUCUAAAUUUCGCCGGUCAGAUGGUCACAUACUUGCUCUCGGCCGGCUACAACACCACAGACGUCGGUAUCGCCAGGACUCUCAGUGUGGUCUUCGAGGUGCUGGCAACAUGGACGGCACCCUGGAUGAUGGGCAAGAUUGGACCCGUGGAAGCAGGCUUAUGGCUGGGCAGCUGGCAGGUGACCAUGCUAGUUACAGGGGUUGCAGUGUUUUUGGGCCUUCGUGGAUAA